AUGUCCUUCCAAGGUCUCAUUUCUGGCUCGGAAUGUGCUGUUCCUUCAAAUCCUCUCUCGCAGGUUCUGAAACACACUGAGGGUGAUCGCACCCUUCAGCAGGACAGGGUAGCUGGGCCCUCGUCUUCUUCGCUGCAUCACCUCCCGGGGUCUGCACCGGCACAAACCUCUGAGAGAGAUGCGGCAAUGGCCCGCCAGUUCUUCGGCAAUCAGCAGGGCCAUGGAGAGCCCUCAUUCAUGCAUCCUCCUCAGCUCUAUCCUGCUGAAGCGAGCCGUCUCAAUGGGAUAAACCGAUCCUCUGACUUGGACGCCGUUUGGUCCAAAGAACAGCCACAGCAAAUCUAUCAUAGCGGCGGACCUGCGCGCUGGGCAACUGAGUUUGGUGCAUCAGGUCAGAUGUACAUGCCGUCCAACUCCUCAACACAGAUCAGUUCUGCUCCUCUCAAUAACCAAGGCCCUUCAUACGCCGUGCCACGCUCAACAUUCAUGAAUUCAACGUCAAUGGGGAGUUAUGGGAUGUCUAUUGGACCAUCGGCCUUCCAGAACUACGAUCCAGGGUUCCAAUCUGCCACUGUUGGAAAAGGCAAAGGCAAAGAAAUUGACUUCGAUGCUGCUUUUGACCAAGCUGCUGCCAUGCUCCGCCCUAUCGGCAACGAAACUUCUCGGAUAGUUGAGCUUGAUGACACGACGACGCUGGAGGAGGCACUCAAGGAAAUCCAGCUCGAUCAGAGCAGCGAAAGCGGCACUAAAUCUGAUUUUGCUUCAGCAUGGGAGCAACUUCAAACUUCUGAGAAGCCUCCGGCACAAGAAGACAUGGCGAAAUGGGAAGCUGAGUUUAAUCAACUCAUGGCGGCAGACCGCGAGGAAAAUGAUUACGACUACGGAGCCGCAAUGCAGGACGCCUGGGCGAAUAGUCACUCGGGAGAGAACGGUUUUGUUGAGGAGCCCGUCAAAUUUGACGAAGAAGGGAUUCCUAUCCUGUCUGAUUAUGCCUUUGAAUCGAGCAACAAAUUCUUGGAUGGAUCAACACUGGUGACCUCCCCCUUAAGCGAGGCCAAAGCAUUACUCGAUAGGGGUGGCUCGCUAUCCGAAGCUGCCUUACUUCUCGAAGCUGCGAUCCAGAAAGGAGAGCUUGGCGAAGGAGGUUACGAAGCGUGGAUACUGCUGGGCGAAACAAGGAACAUGGACGAACGAGAGGAGCUGGGGAUGCGUGCCUUAGCGGAGGGCGUUAAACGAGCAGAAACCGCCAAUGCUUCUGGUGCAGGGAUGAUAUCACUCGCCAUCUCUUACACCAAUGAAUCAUAUGAGAGGGCAUCGUAUGUUAUGCUACUACGCUGGCUGCGUGCUCGAUUCCCGUCGCAUCCGAUACCCGAGACCACUCAGCAAGCAGUGGCGUCCCAUUCAACCUGGGACUCUCAUGAGAAGAUCACCGAUGCAUACUUAUCAUUAGCCAGGCAACAAUACAGUCAGGGCAUCGUGGAUCCUGAUGUGCAGAUUGCUCUCGGUAUACUCUUCUACAACACAGGAGAGUACACCCGUGCCAAGGAUUGCUUCGAGGCUGCUCUCAGUCAGCGCCCCGAAGACUGGCUUCUCUGGAACAGAUUAGGAUCCUCAUUAUCCAACGGGAACAAACCCGAGGAGGCCCUCGGUGCUUACCGCGAGGCACUAAACCUCCGGCCAACGUAUACCCGGGCUAUCUACAAUGUCGGCGUCGCCUGUAUGAAUAUCGGAGCGCACAAAGAAGCCGCCGAGCACUUCCUUAGCGCGUUGAGUAUGCAAGAAACCAAUGGUGGUGGCCGCACCAGCGAACAGCUGUGGUUUACUCUUAGACGCGCCUUCCUCGCUAUGAACCGGAGUGACCUUGCCGAGAUGGCCAAACCCGAGACCCAUGCCAACCUUGACGCUUUCAGACAGCAGGGCAUGGAUUUCUAGGCACUAUAGCGGAUAUACAGUACGACCCCUUUAUCGCGAUGUACUAGACGAUUCUCUACCGCAUGAUUCAUCUUGAUGAUUGACAGCUUGUAUGGAUGCGCGCCCUUGUUGUCGAAGUUCUUCGAAACUCAAGCGGGUACACCCCCUUCCAUCUUUCAUCUUGAUGAGAGGCGAGGACACUGCCUAUCGCGGGCCAUGGGCCGUACACCGCACACGGAUGGGUGAGAUGAGUGUGCUGGCACAUGU